AUGUCAAUUGCAAAGCAUGCAAGUGGGUACCCGCGAACGACUCAGGAGCUCUACAACAGCAGUAAAUACGCCGGCCAUCCCCUCGACCCCAACGUGGACGAAGCAUGGCGCCUAUUGCUGCGACCUAUGGACAUCCGCGUCACGGCGGCAGAGCUAGCUAGAAACAAUCGUACAUCUGUACAAUUACCUAGAGACAGGGGAUAUCUGGCAUGGUUAGGUGUUUUCCACGAGUUGCAUUGCUUGACUGGUCUUAAAUUCGCUUACAAAAUAAUGCAGAAAUUGCUGCGGCAAUGGAAAUACAAAGAGCAAUACUUUCCAAAUAUGACAUCUGCGCAAGCGUACGACAUGGAUAGCCAUACGGGUAUGAUGCCUACUACUACUCGCAACAUGAGUCGCACUUACGAAAUUCUAGAUCACUGUCUAGAUCGCAUCAGAGCUACGAUCAUUUGCCAUCCAGACAUUGCGUCACUCACAACAUUCUUCUGGGGCAGCGGUACAAAGCCGACAGUUGACGGAACUAAGACAUUGCACUCAUGUGUUGAUUGGGACGUACUAAUGGACUCGAUAAUGGGCCGAGCUGUAAGCUCAGAGGAGGUUGACACUCUAGUCAACCCUUCAUUAUAG